UGGUCGGUCCAGAAACCUGAGCUCACUUCCGUCAUGACGCCAUUUCCUUUAAAUUUGUCAGCAGUGCCGAAGUCGUAUGGUGUCUCCUUUUUUUCUCUUGCUGGUAUUUCAGCUAGAUAAGCAUGUCUUCGUCUAGAUCACACCGUCCCAACUCUAUCAAACUUCUCUUUCUCAUGUUGCUUGCCAUUUUUCAGACUGCGGAAGUGAUUUAGAAGGAAAUCGUAAGACGUCGCUGUACAGCGUUGUCUCUGUUGUCCUGGCGGAGAAUUGCUUUGCAACACCCCUUCAGCAAACGGGGAAGUAUGACCGCAAAACGCUUCCGUCAAUCUGUGUGGGGCUGACGCAGAAGCAUGACUCAGGCUUUAGUGUUAAACAUUUAAAAUAUGUGUCUUUGCAAGCAAGUCUUCAGUAAACCAUCUCAAAAAUUUGAAUAUGAUUAUAAAGUUCUUGUUUUGUUAGGAAUUCAACUGAAAAGGUCAAACUAAUAUGAGAGACUACAUGCAAAGCCAGAUAUUUUAAGCCUUUGUUAUGAUAUUGACCUUUGCUCCACAUUGUUAUUUUUUAAGUUUUACCUGUAUAAGAGUAAUCCGUUUUUGUUUGCUUAUCUGGAGCCCAGGGGGCAGCAGCGUAAAAAGCAGGGAGGCCCAGACUUCCCUCUCACCAGCCACUCGGGCCAGCACCUCCGGGAAAUCUCAAGCCAUUCCCUGGCCAACAAAGAGACAGUCCCACCAGCGUGUCCCGGGUUUUCCUUUGGGUCUCAUCCCAGUUGGACGUGCACAGAAAAUCUCACCAGGAAGGCGUUCAGGGGGCAUCCUAACCAGAUGCCUGAGCCACCUCAGCUGGCUCCUCUAUGUGGAGGAGCAGCGUAUCUACUCUGAGCCCCUCCCGGGUGACCAAGCUUCUCACCCUAUCUCCAAAGGAGAGCCCAGCCACCCUGUAGAGAAAACUCAUUUCAUCCGCGUGUAUCUGCGAUCUCGUUCUUUUGGUCGCUACCCAAAAGCUCCUUACCAUAGGUGAGGGUAGGAACAUAGAUUGACCGGUAAAUCGAGAGCUUCGCCUUCUGGCUCAGUUCUCUCUUCACCACGACAGACCGGUACAACGUCUGCAUGACCUCAGGUGCAGCACCAAUCCGCCUAUGUAACAUGCCCUCUAAUUGUAUCUUACAAACCAGUCUACCUUAGACAAGUGACUUCUAGACUUUCAAAAUGACUGAAGCAGGCCAUCUCCUGUUUUUGAUGCACAUAAAAGCCAUCUCAUGUCAAGAGGUCAGAACUGCAGCAUUAUUUUCAUGUGUUCACAAUAUUCCUGGGAGCGUGAGAUGCAGCCCAGGGUUCUGCAGGUUUAAAGGCUUUAGACCAACAUGAGCCACAUUUUUAUUUAAAUACUUACAGGAAGUUAGAUUUUUGGGAGUGAUAAAGCUGUUAGUUUGUGGGUGGAAGGUGUCAGCAACCCGCCAUCAUGUGCAACUAGAAGAUGACUGCAGCUCUAGUAAGGGUGCCUGCUUUGCAGGGCUGAACACUUCCCAUACUUUGUCUCACUUGAAAACGUAUUUUUCUAUCUUCAAGACAUUUAAACGUGUGCAACUCUGAAAAGCUGUUUUCUAAUGGUUAUGAUUAUAAUCGGUCACUGAGUUUGUCAUGCAGACUGAACAUGAAAAUAGUCUCCUACACCUGUCUCCUGCAUUACCUUCUGAUAGAAAACAGACGGUGAACUCAAGGAUCGAAAAGUCUCACAGAUCUACAUCACACUGUCACUUAACAUUCAUGGACUCAUCCGUCUUGACUCACGACGGGGAUGGCUGUUGUUGUUUUAGCAUCCAGGAAUCAGCAGACAACUUCCUGACUAGUGGAAGCUAACUAGCAUUAGCAAUUCCACCACACAGAAGAACUCCAGGCUUGUGUUAUUUGUGGAGAUAAAACAGCCACGUUACAAGUCAGUGUUAGAUUUGCAUAGCUGUUAUCUGAUCCGAGGCAAGAUGUUCAAAUAUCAGGAUAUAGGGAGCCUAAGUCACGCCCAUCGACUUCCGCACCAUGGGUCCCCGGACGAAUAAAAAAUGAAUGCAAGUCAAUGGGGCUAAAAACACUAUUUUCUAAUUCCGCUUGUUAUGUUCCAUGGAUUUCACAUGAUGUCCGUGAAUUUUAAAGAAGUUUUUUGAUACCAAGAAAGCCCUUUCGAAUGAGGGGGAAACGCUAUUUUAGGUUUUGUGUGAAAAUAAGUCCAGAACUACUGCGCUUCACGAAAGUAACAUCAAACCAGACACGGAGAAAAACAGAGGGAAAAUGGCUGUAAAUGCAGCAAACUUCAAUCAAUCAAUCAAAGCUUUAUUUAUAAAGCGCCUUCCGCAACCCUGUCAGGAAGCCCAAAACGCUGAACAUGGUUCAGUUGAAGGUAAAUAUAUUGAAUAAAUCAAAAAUAAAGCAAUUCAAAUCACAAAAUACAAAUGACAAAAUAGGUGAAACAUUCUGGUACAGGACAAAUGUGUAAAACAAUGGAUAGAGUAAACCAGUGAAAACUGUGUGAUAAAUUCAACAUAAAAGAGGGACAAAAUCAAACAUGUUCAGGAAACGCCAAGUGGAAGAGGUGGGUUUUUAGGCGAAUCUUGAAGACUGGCAGAGAUGGGGACAGCCUAACUGAGGGUGGCAACUGGUUCCAGAGUGUUGGUGCUAGGACUGAGAAAGCCCGGUCCCCGCGAGUACGACACCUAGACCGAGGGACAGCGAGCAGGCCUUGGUCAGAGGAGCGCGUGAUGGGGAAUGUCUGUUCAGGAGUGUGGCCAGAUAGGGGGGACCACCACCCUGGAAGAAAUUAAAAACAAAGACGAGGAUUUUGAAUUGUGAGCGAUAGCAAGCCGUAAGCCAGUGCAGGGAGGCCAGAACUGGACUGAUGUGGUCCCGUUUCCACAAAAGCAUGCAGUACCCGCUCCAGGUGGGCUCUCGACAGCAAAUGCCUGAUUUUUGCAAGGCGUCUCAGGUGAAAGAAACUGGACCAGAUCACAGAAUUGAUGUGAGCAUCAAAUUUAAGUCCAGCAUCAAGUUUCACCCCCAAACUGGUUACAACUGGUUUUGAGUAGGAAGAAAGAGGGCCAAGAUCAACAUAACAAUCCACAUUCCUGCUGUUGGGGUGAAAAACAAUGAGCUCUGUCUUUCCCUCAUUCAGAUGUAGAACGUUGGCCAUUAGCCAAGACGUUAAGACAGGACACAAAGGACUGGAUAGAGUGACCUUUCUCCUGACACAAUGGAGAGUAAAUCUGGCAAUCGUCAGCAUAGAGAUGGAAUGAUAGGCCAUGUUUACGAAAGAUUGACCCCAGAGGUAGCAGAUGAAUGGCAAACAAAAGAGGACCAAGAAUCGAUCCCUGCGGGACCCCCCAGCGGAGCCCCUCCCAAGAUGAAAAAACAUCACCCAGUUUAGCGCAGAAUGUCCUGUUGUGGAGAUACGAUCUAAACCAGUCCAGAGUAGACCCUUUGAUCCCAACCCAUCGUUCCAAGCGAUCGAGUAGAAUCGCGUGGUCAACUGUGUCGAAGGCUGCUGUCAGGUCUAACAACAGAAGCACCACAGAUGUACCCUGAUCUAGCGAUAGAUAGAUAUCAUUUAGGACCCUCAGUAGAGCUGACUCUGUGCUAUGGCCAGACCUGAACUCUGAUUGGAAAACCUCAAACAGAUCAGAGUCAGCUAAAUGUGAGACCAGCUGCUGAUAAACGACUUUCUCAAGCAGUUUUGAUGUAAAAGGCAGGGUAGAGAUAGGCCUGUAAUUUGUGAUCACAGAGACAUCAGCACCAGGUUUCAAAAUCCUUCCCUCAGGAGGAAAGAACCACCAUGAAUCUGGUCAUUUGGUAAGUAUUAUGCUAGGGGAGAGGAGAUUAUGUGGUGACGUUACAUAUGCAACAUGCCGAUGUAGUCUAAUUACAAACUUUUACAAGCUGAUAAAUCUCAAUGUACAGUACUGACGUGGUCGAAACACCCAUCAUUAGUUUUCAUUUAAAUUGCAGUACAACAUAUGUGCGAUCCAGGGCAUGAGGCAAAGUGGAUUAGAAAAGAGCGUUUUUAGCCCCGUUGACUUGCAUUAAUUUUUUUUGUUUUCCGGGGACCCAUGGGCCAACCGGAAAGGGAGGAGAUUAGGCUCCCUAUAAGAUUCCAAAUCCUGCCAUGCUGAUCCAGGUGUUUCUGGGCUCUUUUUAACCCGAGUACUGCUUGCAAGGCAUUCGUUCCUAACAGAGACCACAGCAGAUGUUUUUAUGAAAUGAGUUUCCCACACCUUUAAAUACCAGUGAAUAAAAGCUGAAGCUUGUGUUAGUUUUGGAUGUCAGUGCAUUAGAUAAAGGAUGCUUCGGGAGAUGACUUCUCUGAGUGAGUCGGCUCACUUCAAAUCAGUCGUUUUCUCUCAGACCUGUAGCAGAUUGUGACAAAAACAAAUUCGAUUUUAGGUCUUUAUUUGAGGCAGAGCUGUGCCAUCAUGCAGUAACAAACAGUCCUCAGGUUGCCCUCAGAUACCCGUGACACAGUCUGCAGACAAACCGCUCUUUGAGCGUGAUGCCCUGCAGCCUAAUGUGUUGGUGAUUUUUGGGAGGCACACAGAUAGCUGGGGGAGUCGGAGACAAACACUGAAGACAUUAUGGAUGGCCUCAGUCAUGAGCUGGUCCUUGCAAUCCCAGGGAAAGAGCUGGCUCACGAUGCAGGUUUAACAUUUGGGAUAAAUAUUAGCUAAAGAUGGACAUCCAAAUCAUGACCACUUCAUGUACAGACUAACAGAAGAUGCACCGCAGCUCUUUUUUAUUUUUAUUUUUUGAAGCUUUGGAAGACUCAUAAUUUAUGACUUUGAAGCAGAAAAAUCAUUAGAAGCAACAUUUUUCUGUUUUAAUCUUUUCUUUCUGACGGGAUCACAGAAUGAAGUCUUUUGUUGUCACUUUUUGUUGCUUCUCAGCUGUGUGCGUGGAGGCCUCAGACAUCCUGGAGAUGAGCGGCCAUGUUGGUGGAGACGUCUCCAUCCCUUGUUCUAGUUACUGGAACACAGAAAACAGGUCAGAAAACACCAGCUUGUACUUCUGCAAAGGCCUCUGCUCGGGUGAAAACCCUCUCAUCCAGACUGAGGUGAGAUCUGCUGUGACUCAGAGAGGAAGAUACGGGAUGGAGUCAGACGAAGCAGGUGGAGUUUUCACAGUGACCAUAAGGAGGCUGAGGCGGGCGGAUGCUGGGAGGUAUCGCUGUGGAAUACAAUUUGACUCAUCGCACCAGGAGGUCAUUCUGAAUGUUGUUGAUGCUUCCACUGUUCCUACUCGACCUCCUCCAUCCCCUCAAACCAACACGAAGAUGGAUGAGGUAACUCGUGCCCAAAGCACAGAAGCUUCACCAGGAACCCCCACGCUGUUCUCAUCGGAGAGGAAGAGUCAACAGAAAGCAAAUGACCUCACAGACACUGCAGUGGUUAUAAUGGUCUCUGGAUGUCUGGCUGUUCUGGUUUGUGCCAUCAUCCCUCUAAUAUUCUACAGACACUGGAGAAAUCAUGCAGGUCAGGACAGACCAUCAGUAGCCAGGGCUGAGGAAGAUAGCUGCGAUGAAAACAUAGCUUCCACUCAAGUUGUAAUGAGUCUUCAGUCUUUGGAACUAGAGGAUCAUCCAGAGUCCAGCAUCGAUGAUAACUUACAGUACGCCGUCAUCUAUGAAGGACUGGAUCCCAAAACCGUCCACUGAGGAUGGAGUCAUCUGUUUUUCAAACUGCUUCUUACAAUGACAGCAUCUCUUCUGUGCUUUCAGUCAAAUAAAGAGCUAUGUGAAUAUAA